AUGGGGGGAGCUACAAGCAAUAGAAUACUUACAGCAGGCGUGUGCGCUUUUGUUCUUUUUUCUAUACAUCCUCAGCUGGAGAGCCCAGAGACCGGUUUUUUCAAUGUUCUUUCCAUUCUGUACCUCUCGUACUGGAUGGGGUCAUCGUACUUAAAGUCCGUUGCUGUUCUUUAUUUCAUUCUCAACUCUACUGAUGUUCUGUACAUCAUCAGCAGAGGCAGACACAUUCUCACACAGAACAUUCUUUAUUCUACUAAAAUUCCCGUUCUUUCGAAUAUAUCCCAGGGAAGAUCUCUGUACAAAAGCAUAAAGAGCAAAAGUAUAGCGCCUAUUUUCGUGUCUGUUCUGCUGAGGAUUUUAUUCGAGAUAGCCUGGAGCCUAGGCAACCAAAGCAGGAAUAUUGCAGGCACAAUUCCUCUGCUCUCUUCUUCAGUUGUGCACAUCCACUCGAGUUCAGUGUACAUGCACACAUCCUCUGAAUACUACGGGGAGUAUAAGGGAAAGCAAGGGAGUGGAAACAGAAAAGUCGUGGGGGAUAAAGAGAAGUGUGAAAACCCAGGAUGGAAAGUUCUUUUGGAGGGACUGGAGGGAAACCCUCCGCCUUCUGUUCGGAUUACAAGUGGGUCUGUGAUAUAUCUGCAGGACACAGAGACUGAGGAGUAUCUGCAGACAUUUGACGUAGCAUCGCCUCUCACCACAUCGAACCAAGAAGUGUCUACAGCACCCAGCAUAACAGAGAAGAGCAGAUUUUUGAUAGUAAACGAGGAUGGAGACAUGAGCAAGACAGUGCCCGUAUACUUAGAUGCAUACUUCUAUCUGAAGCACGUAUCCACGGGAGUAUUUGUCCGCGUCCUCAAAAGACGCAUAAGUAAUGAGAGCAAAAAGUAUGAAAUUAACGGAGAAAAAGAGACGGGAAUAAACAGGAACAUUGGAUCAAAAAGCUGUCUGUGGUCUGGCCGGGAAAUCACACAGAGGCCUCGAGGAGUCAGAAAGAUCCUUGAGAGUAUUAUAGAAAAAGUGUGCGAAAGUGGAAGACAGAUAGUGGAGAAUGCAAAAGAGAACGGAAGAAAAGAGAAAGAAAGCCGAUCAAAAAGAGCAGGAAUAUACAAAUACGUAUACAACUUUAAUGUGAUAAUGUACAUUGCACUCUUUGGUCUGGCAGUGCUCAGAGGUGUUCUCGGAAAAGAGAAUGUGUGGGAGCAGGUUAUGUCCUGUCUGCUCGAUCUUUUGAUUUGUGUGAUAUUCAAGAGAAACAUAAGAGAUACAAUGUACUGUGCAGGAGUCAUUGGAAUACAGCACGGGCUAAAGCUCCAGGCACUGGUGAAGGAAAUUAUGAGAAGUAGAGAAAAAGAAAAGAGAUCAUAA